CUUUCCACGCACGGUCACACUGGCACUAUGCGCUGCACUUGACUUGGGUGUAGAGAAAUUUCAACAACAGCCGAAGAAAUUAUAAAAUUAUUGUCUUUUCGCAUUCCUUGAGCCGUCUCGAGUUGCGGGCGUGAGUGUGCGAAAGACGGAGCAGCAGCUGCGAAAGUAAAGGUCGCCGGAAGUGGGCCACAAUGCGGAGCAGAGCCCCGACCCCAGGUCCCAUCGAGUCGUCGAGUCCCCGCGAGGGCGUCUGAAAAAAUCAAUCGGACUCCACUCCGCCACGAAUGAGCAGGAUGAGCAGCAACAACAACGCCCCCGCACACGCCCCAGACUCCGGCUCCAGCAAUGCGAACGGUCCCGUCUCCGGGUCACUGUCCGUGGACAGCAACCUGGUCAUCAUCCAGGAUAUGAUUGAUCUCUCGGCCAACCAUCUGGAGGGCCUGCGCACGCAGUGCGCCACUAGUUCCACGCUGACACAGCAGGAGAUUCGCUGCCUGGAGUCCAAGCUGGUGCGCUACUUCUCCGAGCUGCUUCUGGCGAAGAUGCGGCUCAACGAGCGCAUCCCGGCCAAUGGGCUGCUGCCCCACGCAACGGGCAAUGAGCUGAGACAGUGGCUCCGAGUGGUGGGCCUCAGCCAGGAGACCCUUACCGCCUGCCUCACGCGCCUAACCACUUUGGAGCAGAGCCUGCGACUCAGCGACGAGGAGAUACGCCAGCUGCUGGCCGACAGCCCUAGCCAAAGGGAGGAGGAGGAGCUGCGACGCCUGACUAGGGCCAUGCAAAACUUAAGGAAGUGCAUGGAAUCGCUGGAGAGCGGCACUGCGGCAAGCAACAACGAUCCAGAACAGUGGCACUGGGACUCAUGGGACAGGUCCAUCCACAUUCACCGCGGCAGCGUGGGCAACAUAGGACUGGGUCAGAAUUCAACCGCCUCCCCGAGAACCCAUCAUCGCCAGCAUGGUGUCAAGGGGAAAAGCGCCGCUUUGGCCAACUCAACCAGCUCCCGGAGCGGCCGUCAAUCGCCUACGGCAACAGAGGAGCUGAACAGUACGCAGGGUUCUCAGCUGACCCUGACUCUCACGCCCUCGCCACCCAACUCGCCCUUUACGCCUUCCAGCGGGGUGAGCAGCAGCCUCAAUGGUACACCGCAGAGGAGUCGCGGUACACCGCCACCCGCCAGAAAGCACCAAACACUGCUGAACCAGAGCCAAGUGGACGGAGAGCAGCCAGCCGGUAAUCGUUUGCCCACUGAUCCCAGCCCCGAUAGCCACAGUUCCGCCAGCUCUGACAUCUUUGUGGACGCAAAUACAAAUGCUAGUUCCGGAGGAAGCUCCUCAAACGUGCUAAUGGUGCCGUGCUCCCCGGGCGUGGGCCACGUUGGCAUGGGUCAUGCCAUCAAGCAUCGCUUUACCAAGGUCAUAGGCUUCAUGGCCACCUGUACUUUGUGUCAGAAGCAGGUGUUCUCCCGCUGUCUGAAGUGCACCGACUGCAAGUACAUCUGCCAUAAGUCUUGCGAGCCACACGUGCCACCUUCCUGCGGACUGCCACGAGAAUAUGUGGAUGAGUUCCGCCACAUUAAGGAGCAGGGUGGAUACGCCAGUCUACCGCAUGUGCACGGCGCCGCCAAGGGAUCACCGCUGGUUAAGAAGAACACCCUGGGCAAACCGCUUCAUCAGCAGCACGGCGACAGCAGUUCGCCGAGCUCCAGCUGCACCAGUUCCACCCCAAGUAGUCCGGCGCUGUUCCACCAAAGAGAUCGCGAGUUGGAUCACGGUGGCAGCAGCUCCAGCGCCAAUCUGGUUCCUACUCCAUCACUGGGCAAGCACCAGCAGGCUCAGUUCAACUUCCCCAACGUGACGGUGACAAGCAGUGGUGGAAGCGGAGGUGAUACGCUUAUUUCCAAUGAACCAGCUCCAGAGCAAUUCCCUGCCGUGCCUAUCACCGCCAAUGGAGGACUGGACAGCCUGGUUGGCAGUUCCAACGGGCACAUGAGUUCCCUAAUAGGCAGUCAGUCGUCAAAUGCAUCUAGUUCCGCCACCGUGACUGGUCUGGUCAACAGCACAACCAGCACUAGUACCAGCAGCUUCUUUCCACGCAAACUGAGCACAGCCGGGGUAGAUAAGAGGACGCCCUUCACCAGCGAGUACACGGACACCCAUAAGUCAAAUGAUAGCGAUAAGACAGUCUCUUUGUCCGGCAGUGCCAGCACGGAUUCGGACAGGACGCCCGUUAGAGUGGAUUCAACGGAAGACGGAGAUUCGGGGCAGUGGCGGCAGAACUCCAUUUCACUGAAGGAAUGGGACAUUCCGUACGGCGACCUACGCCUGCUAGAGCGGAUCGGGCAGGGACGCUUUGGCACUGUACAUCGAGCCCUGUGGCAUGGAGAUGUAGCAGUAAAGCUGCUCAACGAGGACUACCUGCAGGACGAGCACAUGCUGGAGACCUUUCGCAGCGAGGUGGCCAACUUCAAAAACACGCGGCACGAGAAUCUGGUGCUGUUCAUGGGAGCCUGCAUGAAUCCGCCAUACUUGGCCAUUGUGACUUCUUUGUGCAAGGGCAACACCCUGUACACGUACAUCCACCAGCGUCGCGAGAAGUUCGCAAUGAACCGGACACUGCUUAUUGCCCAGCAGAUAGCUCAGGGCAUGGGAUACCUGCACGCGAGGCAGAUCAUCCACAAGGAUCUACGCACAAAGAACAUAUUCAUCGAGAAUGGCAAGGUGAUCAUCACGGACUUUGGGCUGUUUAGCUCCACCAAGCUGCUCUACUGUGAUAUGGGCCUAGGGGUGCCCCACAACUGGUUGUGCUACCUGGCGCCGGAGCUCAUCCGAGCGCUGCAGCCGGAGAAGCCGCGCGGAGAGUGCCUGGCGUUCACCCCCUACUCGGAUGUCUACUCUUUUGGAACUGUGUGGUACGAGCUAAUUUGCGGUGAGUUCACGUUUAAGGAUCAGCCGGCGGAGUCGAUAAUCUGGCAAGUGGGACGUGGAAUGAAGCAAUCGCUGGCCAAUCUGCAGUCGGGACGCGAUGUCAAGGACUUGCUAAUGCUGUGCUGGACUUAUGAGAAGGAGCACCGACCACAAUUCGCGCGCCUGCUGUCGCUCCUAGAUCACCUUCCCAAGAAGCGACUGGCGCGUAGUCCCUCCCAUCCCGUCAACCUGUCACGGUCUGCGGAAUCCGUGUUCUGAGGGAGCUGCUUCCUGGUCACUGUCACUGUCUAGUACAAUUACGACCGAUUAACUAAGCUGGCUCGGUUUCUUCCCAAACAGUAAACUCUCCUAAGCAAAGAUUGUAAAUACUUAAACGUAACUACCAAAUUAUAGAAACGAUUUUAAAACUAAAUUAUGUACGCAUGUAUCGGGUGCAAUCAGUUGCAGUUGUGAGCAAACAAAACAAAGGCGAAAACAAAUGUUAACUCGAAAAAGACAAAAGUUUAAAUGUUAAAGAGCAGAGGCAAACUGAGAAGGCAUAGACAUACAUAUACAAACAAACAAGCACUGUGGCAAAUAUUAAAGUAAACGUUAAUCAGGUGAGCAAUUUCUAAAUUGUUAAUUAUGUGUAAGUUAAACUCUAUAUAUGUACAUGUGUAUACAGAAUUGUAUAUGAGGGAUUAGUGUUUAAAUUAAUAUGUAUUGUGUACUAUGUGUACGGUCAAAUGUAUAUAGUAAAUGGACUUUAAAUGCGAAAUCAAGAAAAAUGUCAAAUAAACUUAUCAGUAAAGCCAAAUUAA